GCAGAGGACUGCUGCUGCUCAGUGACAGUGACAUGGAGAGCCUGGACCGCACUCUGUUCCGUCUGGAACAAGGCUUUGAGCUGCAGUUCCGUCUUGGCCCUACCCUCCAGGGUAAGUCUGUCAAGGUCUACACCAACUACCCUGCAAAAGGCCUCAAGUUUGAGCGCCUGAAGUUCCGUCCUUUGGACUGGGUCUACCCGAACGAGCGGGAGGAUGACCGUGAUAAAUACUGCAAACUGGACUUAAUGGUGGCUGGAUCCUAUCAGUACUACUUUUCCUGUGGGGACAAAGAGAAAGUGAGUGGUGGUUACAUUGUAGUUGAUCCAGUGCUGAGGGUGGGAGUCAACAAUGACAUCCUACCACUGGACUGCAUCAGCAGCCAAACAUACUUGGCCAAAUGCCUUGGCCCACUGGACAAAUGGCUUGACAGACUUAGGGUCGCAAAGGAGACAGGCUACAACAUGAUCCACUUCACACCGCUGCAGAAGCUUGGUGUGUCUGGCUUCUGCUACUCCAUAGCCGAUCAGCUGAAGUUAAACCCUGACUUCUUACCUGAGGGGCAGCACUACACAUGGGGAGACAUUGGUGCUUUGGUGGAGAUGCUGAGGAAAGACUGGAACAUGGUCUGCAUCACGGAUGUGGUCUAUAAUCUCACAGCGGUUGGCAGUGAGUGGAUUCACCUCCAUCCUGAGUGUGGUUACAACUUGGUUAACUCUCCUUAUCUGAAACCAGCUUGGCUCCUUGACAGAGCUCUGUGGCACCUCAGCUGUGAGGUGGCUGAAGGAAAAUAUGCUGAACGAGGAGUACCAGCACUCUUUCAAGAUGAACGGAACAUGAAUGCUCUGCGGGGAAUCCUGUGGCAGCAGGUGUUCUCCAGGCUAAGGCUGUGGGAGUUCCUGCAGGUCAAUGUGGAUGAAGCUGUGGAGCAGUUCAGACAGCUGCUAAAGACUGGUAGUUUAGGUGUCAGUUCCACAUCCACGUCCAGUCCAGAGUGUAAGAAGCAGCUAAAGAUGGCACAGGACCCUUGGCACAGACGAUUUGGAAACACAGUGGACAUGAACUCUGCCAUGGAUAUUUUCACACCUCACAGCCCAUCAGACGUCCAGGAGUGUUGUGUCGGUUUCAGAAAGAGACUGGAGGAGCUGAACUUGGAAUUGUUCAAAGAGAUGAAUCAACACGCAGAGAAGGCAACUAACUGCAUUCUGGUAAAUGUAGUUUAUCAGCGUCUUUCAGAUCAGGGGCCUAAAUUGGGUCCGGUAACAAGGAAGAACCCUCUCUGUAGCAGGUAUUUCAUCUUCCCCUUUGAAGACAUUACCUUUGAUGAAGAACUGCAGCUUGUGGAGCAGAGUGAGAAGGCGUGCCAAUUCUUGGCCCAUGAUGGUUUUGUGAAAGGAAAUGACCUGCUCAGGAACUUUGCUGAACCAGAAUGGCUGGAGAUUGCUUUUGUGGUGCAGGCAUCUCUUUAUCCAUCUUUGAACCAUUUUCCUUUUCAUCCUAAAUUUUUGAUUUCAGGACAGACAUAUUCUGUGUCAUAUAUGGAGUGGGAUCUUAAGAUCCAGGAGAACUUUGAGAAGAAGUUCUACAUUUCCCAUGAUCCCCAAAACCCGGAAGAAAAGCAACCCAAGUUUGUCCACAAAAGAGGCAUCUACAAGGACAGUUUUGGGGCUUCCAGCCCCUGGUGUGACUACCAGCUCCGGACUAACUUUCUCAUUGCCAUGAUGGUGGCUCCUGAGCUGUUCACAGUAGAGAAAGCGUGGGAGGUUCUGGGUGUAGCUGAGAAGAAGCUUCUGGGGCCAUUGGGAAUGAAGACCUUGGACCCUGAUGACAUGGUGUACUGUGGAAUCUACGACAACAGCCUGGAUAAUGAUAACUUCAACCAAGCUAAGGGCUUCAACUAUCAUCAAGGCCCAGAAUGGUUGUGGCCCACCGGCUACUUCCUGAGGGCCAAACUGUACUUUGCCAGGAAAAUGGGAGAGGAGACAUAUAACAAAACCAUUGUCCUGGUGAAAAAUGUACUGUCUCAUCAUACUGUACACUUGGAGAGGUCCCCUUGGAAGGGUCUCCCUGAGCUGACUAAUGAGAAUGGCCUGCACUGCUCAUUCAGCUGUGAGAGCCAAGCCUCAUCCAUGGCUACUAUCCUGGAGGUUCUGUAUGACCUUUGAUCCCAACAACCCAAAUAACAAUAAUGACCCCCAACCCUCCUACACAAACAAAUAAAGUAAAUCCUCUUGUCACAAGCUGUGAAGGGCUUGUCACUUUCUUACUGCAUGACUGCACCAUGUGUCCUUGAGGGCAGGGUGUAGGGUAGUUCAAGGGCUGAUCAAACCUGCUGAAAAUAUGCUUAGGGCAAUAAAAAAUGUAAAAUGAUAUUAAAUAAGUACAGGUGUCUUUUUUUUUACCAUAAUCAACAAUUCUUCGAAGGUGAUUUUACCCACAGCAUAAGCAUACACCUCAAGUUCAAUC